UCUGACAGACAGAUAUUGCCUAGCCUAGCUUCGUUUAUUUUAUUUAUUGAACUCCAAGACUCUACAGAAGAAGACAGAACCAAGAAAACAGGACAACGAACAUGUUAAUCUUCCUCUGUUUCCUCUUCCUCUUUCCCCUAGUCUUGAUCGUCUUGCAAAAUCUCAAGCCCUCUAAAUGGAAUCUUCCUCCAGGUCCACUAAAGCUUCCCAUCAUCGGAAACUUACACCAACGCCGAGAGUUACAUCCAAGGAACCGUCUAAAUCUCACCCAAAAGUAUGGACCAGUCGUGCUUCUCCGCUUCGGAUACGUCCCCGUGGUCGUGAUCUCAUCGAGAGACGCAGCAGAGGAAGUUCUCAAGACCCAUGACCUUGAGUGUUGUAGCCGACCAGAGACCGUCGGGACCAGAACAAUCUCUUACAACUGCAAAGGCAUAGGGUUCAUGCCUUACGGUGAGGAGUGGAAGGCGUUAAGAAAGCUCGCUGUUAUCGAGCUCUUCAGCAUGAAGAAGCUACAAUCUUUUAGGUAUAUCAGAGAGGAAGAGAGUGACUUGUUGGUCAAGAAACUGUCUGAAUCUUCUUCGAGCCAAUCUGUAGUGAAUUUGAACAAAACCCUUUUCACCUUAGUCGCGAGUAUAAUCUGUAGGAUAGGGUUUAGGUUAAAUCUCCAGGACUGUGAGUUCAUAGAUGAAGAUAGCAUCGCAGAGUUUGUGCAAAAGUGUGAAUCAGUCACGAGGACGUCUAUGUUCUCUGACUUCUUUCCUGGAAGAUUCGGUAGAUUCAUCGAUAGAGUCUCCGGUCAGAACACGAGAUUAGAGAGUAUAUUCUCUGAAGUUGACAGUUUCCUUCAGAAUAUUCUUGAUGAUCAUCUUAAGCCUGGAAGAAGAAGAGUAGAAGAGAGCUCUGAUAUUAUUGACGUCAUGAUCGAUAUGAUGAGGAAUCAAGACAAAGAUGGAGACUCUUUCAAGCCGACCACAGAUAAUCUCAAAGGAAUGAUAUCGGACAUAUUUAUAGCGGGAGUUAACACUAGCGCCUCCACAAUGAUAUGGGCAAUGACUGAACUAAUCAGAAACCCUAGAGUGAUGAAGAAAGUCCAAGACGAGAUUCGGAGAACGCUUGGGAACAAUAAAGAGAGAAUCACAGAACAAGAUGUUACCAAACUUCAUUACUUCAAACUAAUGGUUAAGGAAACAUUGAGGUUACACCCAGCAGCUCCACUUUUGCUCCCAAGAGAGACGUUGACUCACAUCAAGAUCCAAGGCUACGAUAUUCCCCCAAAAACUAAGAUCUUGAUCAAUGCUUACGCGAUUGCACGUGAUCCAGAACUGUGGACAAAUCCAGAUGACUUCAACCCGGACAGGUUUCUUGAUAGUUCUGUAGAUUACAAGGGAUUGAACUUUGAGCUUUUACCGUUUGGGUCUGGUAGGAGAAUUUGUCCAGGGAUGGCAUUGGGGGUUGCCAUGGUUGAAUUGGGAUUGUUGAAUUUGCUUUACUUCUUUGAUUGGGGAUUGCCUGAGAAGGAAGCAGCUGACAAGAUCAUCACCGGGAAUGAAGUUGCUCUUGACCUCUUUCAAGUUCUGCACCACUAAAAAUAUGAUUUGUUUUGGUAACAACUUCUUAAUAUUUGGUUACUGAAUAUUUUUUUAAGAAUCAUAGGGUCUCUAUUAUUCUUAGUUACUUAUAAUCCAUUUAUGGUUAAUCUCCUAUUACUCAGAGAUUAAGAAAAACA